GUCGAACAGUAUAACCCACAAUUGCACUUCAAUACCAAGAAAUCAAAGGAGAAUUGGAAGAGGUUCUCAAAAACGUCCGGUAUAUAAGUAUUGAACAUGUGGGGAGUACUUCGGUACCCGGAUUGGCCGCCAAACCGAUCAUUGACCUAUCGGUGGUCAGUGAAGCAGAAGACUUACCGGCAGCGAUUGAAGCGUUGACAGCCAGAGGAGGCUAUACGUAUAUGGGCGAAAUGGGCAUCCCGUAUCGACACGCAUUCCGAAAGCCAGGAAUACUCCCUGCUCGAAAUCUGUACGUCUCUCUAAAUGGCUACCAGUCCAUCAGAAACCACAUCGGUGUGCGUGUGAUUUGUCGCAAGGAUCCCGAAGUCCGGGAGGCCUAUGGCAGAGCAAAAUUGGAGCUUUCAAGACGAGACUGGGAAAGCGUCGAUGAACAUUGUGAAGCUAAGAAUGACAUUCUCGCAUGGGUGUUGGAAAAGGCGGGCAUCAGCAGCGAAGAACGGGAGCAAGCAAGGCGGUUGAAUACGGCAGCAUAAAUGUCUUGUGCAGACAUUCUCCUCUUUCGCUCUCAGCAAGUUUGACCACGGCCGUCUGCUCGGUGGCAUUGACUUCAUGGUAUGAACUGGGGCACUACGUACCGUCCCCAAACUGUGGACAAAUGCAGUGGGGGAGAGUUGUUGGGAAAUGUUGUGUCGUGUGAGAGUGGAUGCUGUGCGGUC